UUUCGCUUUAGCGCUUUCCAGCACUUCUAGUGAAAAUUUACAAAAACAAGCGACGGUCACACCGGUUCCGACUAUUGAUUGAAAUAAAAUUUUUUUCCUGUUCCGAUGCAAAGUAAACCAUAAAAAUCCAUUGUGAAAAUUUGUGGGGUGGUGGGUGCCAAAACGGAUACUCAAUAGGCGAUAGUCGUAGUAAAGAGAGCGGCGAAGAGAGUGCGCAGCGGGCAGAGCAUGUACUGGAUGUAAAAGCGGCCGAAGAGAGCGCGCACCAAGCACAUACACUUUCGCGCAAUACACACGCAAGCCGAAAAGGACGAAGCAGAGCUUUUCUGGGGAAACUAGGAUAAAGAAUAACGUGGGUAUUUGGCCAAAAUGAAUCCGGCGGUGGAUGCGUGGGCGGUGACCCCGAGGGAGCGACUGAAGUACCAGGAGCAGUUCAAGGCGCUCCAACCGCAGGCAGGAUUCGUGACCGGCGCCCAGGCCAAGGGAUUCUUCCUGCAGUCGCAGCUGCCGCCGCUGAUCCUGGGUCAGAUCUGGGCUCUGGCGGACACCGAUUCCGAUGGCAAGAUGAACAUUAACGAGUUCAGCAUAGCCUGCAAGCUGAUCAACCUCAAGCUGCGCGGCAUGGACGUGCCCAAGGUCUUGCCGCCCAGCCUGCUGGCCUCCCUCGCCGGCGAUGGCCAGAAGACGCCCUCGAUGACGCCACGUGGCUCCACCAGCUCGAUGAGCCCUCUGGAUCCGCUCAAGGGAAUGGUGCCUCCCGUUGCCGCAGUGGUUCCUGCUCCCGUGGUGGCCCCUCCACCUCAGGUUGCCCCGGCUGCCAUCAUCUCGCCACCUGGCGUCGUCGACCUGGCCAAGGUUCCGGCGGUCCCAACGCCGCCUUCCAGCAACCCACCCAGUCGACACAUGUCCAUCUCGGAGCGAGCACCCUCCAUCGAGUCUGUGCAAGGUGAAUGGGCCGUUCCAGCUGCCCAAAAGCGCAAAUACACGCAGGUAUUCAAUGCCAAUGAUCGCACUCGAUCCGGAUACUUGACCGGAGCCCAGGCACGCGGCGUUCUGGUGCAGAGCAAGCUGCCGCAAGUGACGCUGGCCCAGAUCUGGACACUGUCCGACAUCGAUGGCGAUGGACGGCUCAACUGCGACGAGUUCAUUCUGGCCAUGUUCUUGUGCGAGAAGGCCAUGAGUGGUGAAAAGAUCCCUGUUACUUUGCCACCGGACUGGGUGCCGCCCAACUUGCGCAAGAUUAAGUCGCGGCCGGGAUCGGUUUCUGGGGUAGUGUCACGACCUGGCUCGCAGCCCGCCUCCCGACACGCCUCCGUGUCGUCGCAGGGCGGAGUGGGAGCCGUGGAUGCUGACCCAACAGCCGGAUUGCCCGGGCAAACAUCCUUUGAGGACAAGCGCAAGGAGAACUAUGUCAAGGGUCAGGCGGAGCUCGAUCGCAGGCGCAAGAUCAUGGAGGACCAGCAGCGCAAGGAGCGAGAAGAGCGGGAGCGCAAGGAGCGCGACGAAGCGGACAAGCGGGAGAAGGCUCGCUUGGAGGCCGAGCGGAAGCAGCAGGAGGAACUGGAACGACAGCUUCAGCGGCAGCGAGAGAUUGAACUGGAGAAGGAGGAGCAACGCAAGCGGGAACUUGAAGCCAAAGAGGCGGCCAGAAAGGAACUGGAAAAGCAGCGCCAGCAGGAAUGGGAGCAGGCUAGAAUUGCAGAGAUGAACGCACAGAAGGAGAGGGAACAGGAGCGUGUCCUCAAGCAAAAGGCACACAACACACAGCUGAAUGUGGAGCUGAGCACACUGAAUGAAAAGAUCAAAGACCUUUCGCAGAGGAUUUGCGACACUCGCGCUGGCGUGACCAAUGUAAAGACGGUAAUCGAUGGCAUGCGCACUCAGCGCGACACUUCCAUGUCCGAAAUGUCGCAGCUGAAGGCGCGCAUCAAGGAGCAGAACGCCAAGCUGCUGCAGCUCACCCAGGAGCGGGCCAAGUGGGAUGCCAAGAGCAAGGCCAGCGGUGCUGCCUUGGGCGGCGAGAAUGCGCAGCAGGAGCAACUGAACGCGGCUUUUGCCCACAAGCAGUUGAUUAUAAACCAAAUCAAAGACAAGGUCGAGAACAUUGGGAAGGAGAUUGAGUCGAAGAAGGAGGACAUCAACUCCAACGAUGCGCAGAUGACCGAGCUCAAGGACGAGCUCUCCGCUCUGAUCACCAAGUGCGAGGAUCUGUACAAGGACUACGAUGUGCAGCGCACCGCGGUGCUGGAAUUGAAGUACAACCGCAAGAACGAGACGAGCAGCGCAACCUCGGCUUGGGACACGGGCAGCUCCAGUGCCUGGGGAGCUACGGACACAACUGCCGCCGAUCCGUAUGCAGGCAUGAGUAACGACAUCUCCGCCGUAGCCGCAGCUCCGGCUGUGGACUUGAGUGGACCGGCUCCCGAGGGAUUCGUGAAAUACCAGGCAGUGUACGAGUUCAAUGCGCGCAACGCCGAGGAAAUUACUUUCGUGCCGGGUGACAUAAUCCUGGUGCCAUUGGAGCAGAACGCCGAGCCGGGCUGGUUGGCUGGCGAGAUCAACGGCCACACCGGCUGGUUCCCCGAGUCCUAUGUGGAGAAGCUGGACGAUGGUGGUGCUGCUCCCGCAGCAGCCGUCGAACCAGAGGUGGUGGCCCAACAGGCAUCCGUGGCGGACACCUACAAUGACAAUAUCAACACCAGCGCGGCUCCGGCUGCUUCCGCCGAUCCGAGUGCCGCCGGUGAUGUGGAGUACUACAUAGCCGCCUAUCCUUAUGAAUCCGCCGAGGAGGGCGAUCUGAGCUUCAGCGCCGGCGAGAUGGUCAUGGUUAUCAAGAAGGAGGGCGAGUGGUGGACGGGCACCAUUGGCAGUCGCACCGGCAUGUUCCCCUCCAAUUACGUUCAGAAAGCGGACGUCGGCACGGCGAACACGGCGGCUGCGGAUCCGGUUGAAGCCCUGGAUCAGGAGACGACGUUGAACGGCAACGCUGCCUACUCCGCUGCUCCCGUGGAGACCCAGGAGGAGCAGCAGCAGCCACAGCAGCAGCAGCUGUUCCAGCCGCAGUCUGUCCAGGAGCACAGCGAACAGCCGAUCGCGAGCCCGGGCGUUGGCGCCGAGGAGGCGCACGAAGACCUCGACACUGAAGUUUCCCAGAUCAAUACACAGUCCAAGACACAAAGCAGCGAACCGGCCGAGAGCUACAGCCGCCCCAUGUCACGCACCUCUUCCAUGACACCCGGCAUGCGAGCCAAGCGGUCGGAGAUUGCGCAAGUCAUCGCUCCCUAUGAGGCUACCAGCACCGAGCAGCUGUCGCUGACGCGGGGCCAGCUGAUCAUGAUCCGCAAGAAGACGGACUCCGGCUGGUGGGAGGGCGAGCUGCAGGCCAAGGGUCGUCGCCGCCAGAUUGGCUGGUUCCCGGCCACCUACGUGAAGGUUCUCCAGGGAGGACGCAACAGCGGACGCAACACUCCCGUCUCCGGCAGUCGCAUCGAGAUGACCGAGCAGAUCUUGGACAAGGUCAUAGCUCUCUAUCCGUACAAGGCACAAAAUGACGACGAGCUGUCGUUCGAAAAGGACGACAUUAUUAGCGUCCUGGGUCGGGAUGAGCCGGAGUGGUGGCGCGGCGAGCUAAACGGCCUUUCCGGCCUGUUCCCCAGCAACUAUGUGGGCCCCUUCGUGACGUCCGGAAACGUAUAACGACCCUUCGGCUUUGGCCUUUAAGCGGUAUCAGGCACUCGCUUGCAAACAAAUCUACACGAUCCAUUGGGAAUUGGGUUAUAUCUUAAGAUCAGCAGCAGCAGCAUCAAUAUCCUCCGUAACUACCUAUCCGGAAUUCGUGUUCUAGAAAGCCCAACUUUUGGCUAUUUACAUUGUUCACCAUAAAAGUUUGCCAUUCGACGUUUUUUUACAAAGUUUAUAUCCUCUUCGAUGUGAGAUUUCCCUAACUUGUUGAUAGGAUUAGUAAACAGAUCUCAUCUGAAGCCAUUCAUAGAAUCAAACAAUGCUCUCAUGUUCGUAACAAAUCAAACGAAAGAUACAACCGAAAUCUAAUAAGUCACGUUUUAAAGGAUUUAUAUAGUAACAUGCAUUUGGUAACAACAAAAUACAUAGGGAUAUCAUAUGACGGUUACAAUUUCGUUGUAUUAGAUGUGUUUAUCGAUCGACAACCAGAAUAUUCAAAAGUUUUUUCCCCCAAAUGCUACUACACAUACGCAUAUAGUAUCUAUAACGAUGGUUUUCUGUGUUUUCCAAUAAUAUCCGAAUAUAAUUGUAUAUAUUUCAAGUAAACCAACCAACCAGUGGGAGAAAAGUAUGAAUUAUUGUUAACUAAAUAUUAAGCAUGAUGACCAUUCUCUUAUAUCUUAAUGAAAACUAUAAAGACAGCAAGAAUAAUGGAAUGACGAGAGAUACGAGUAUAUUAGCUUACACAUACGGGCAACAGUAUUGAUAAUAUUAAAGAUAUUUGUAAUGGCUUAACUUCUUUUUUUGAUUAACGUACUUGAUUUAAAAACUAAUUUAAGCGCUUGUCUCAACUGCCAUAAUUGUAUUUAUUUAAUGUCUAUUGUCUUACUGAUGAAUGUUAAAAUUGUUUGCCGCUAGUUUAAAGUAUCUGUAUCGGAAGCAUAGGAAUGGAUGAGAUGUAAAAAUUGAGUAUGUACAAAAUCAACAUAGAGACGUUCUUUCAACUCGAUUGGAAUGGUAGACAGAUAUACAGAUAUAGUAUCUUAGAGGGCCACGUUAUGCUGUUCGAAUCUGUUUAUGCUAGUUACAGUUAGUCUAUUUAACAAAAUCACUCACAUACAUACAUAUAUAGUACGUACUAUAUGUAUCUACGCUAUCUCGUACAUAUGAAGAAACACUGUCGAAUGCCUUUCAAAAAAUGAUAACCAAAAAAGUCACCUUACAUGGAUUAACUUAAUCGUAACUUGUUAUUGCAUACCACGACUAUUUAUGCGUCUAUAGCUCUAUUAAACGAAACCAAAGUAAAGAAUCGUUAUAAGCCCCGCAUAGCGCCGAUCAGUUAGCUGAAUGAAUAAUCCCGAUUGAUCGACGGCUGGGCGGGGAAAUUCUAAAAGCAUAAAACACAUAUUUAUGUAGCUAAUGUUGGGUUGAUUAUUGAUUCCACAUAUAUGUACUAAUAAAUUUAAACGAACCACAAAACUAAGCAUAUACAUACUACGUAUAUAGAGAAAGUACUAAAAUUUCUUUAGAAAAGCAAAAAACAAAAGCGAAAAUGUUAAUUGAGAUAAUCGUACAUUCCGAGUCCCACAUAUACACCCCCGCAUACAUAUAAUGCUCAUAUAAGCGUACUUGUUUAAUCGUUACGAAAGUUAAUUAAUGUAAACAAUGCUUAAGAUUAAUAACCGUCGAGGAGGAUUCUGGACGCAUUAGCACACUCACCUACACUGAGACUCACUUUAAACGCGAAAUGGUGACCAUCGAUAUAUUUACCUAUAUACAAGCCGAACCGAGGAGAACUUAUAAGAGUCUCCUACAGACACACAAUGCAUACGAGUAAAUAUAAAAUGAACUCUUUGAGAAAACCAAACUAACAAAUACCAUAAAACAUAUUGAAAUAUAUCAGUUUCAAACAUAAUUAGAAAAAAAGUAAAAAAGGGAAAACCAAAAAUAUUAAAUUAAAUUAUGAAAAUAACAAAUUACACAUAUUUGGUGCA